AUGGAAUCCUAUUGUUUCACGGCUCUCCAGUUUGUCCAUGGAACUGAGUCGUCUCAUUCUGAUGCUCUUCGGAACACGACAUCUCGAGUAGAGUUGAACUACUCAAAUGAGGAUGAGCAAAUGUCCUUCAUUGAUGAGAUACCGUUCACUCAAAGUGAGUCGCAUCCCAUAUCUACUUCUGAGCAGAUGCUCUCAUUGGUUGAAGAAUUGGUGAUUCUGGAAGAGCGGUCUGCUGAGGCAUCACUAGCUAAAUCUGAUGCAAACAAAGAAAUUGAGAAGACUUCGUGUGACGUAUCGAAGCUCAUGGAUCAAAUGAACAUGAUGAAGUCUACUUUUCAAAAUAGUAAUCUCCACCUCUACACAGAGACAAAGUCUUUCAUAGAAAUUUCUCACUCUCUAGAUUGUCGAAAUGUCCAAAUCUCUAUGUCUGCGGAAGUGGAGCGAAUCAAAGAUGCUGAUGCGGUCACUCGUCGUUUCCAGCCUGAAGAAGAUGCGGCUGCUGAAGCUGCUAGAGCCCUUGUUAUUGUUGACCCUGAUAAUAUUAAAAAGGGGGAAGGUAGCAAUCUAGGGGGAACAAGCAAUCGGGGUACUCACUCUAGGAGAAAUCCAAAUCAAGGAGGAGAUCAAGGAGGCCGUGGAGCAGGUCGAGGAAAGAAGAAGAAAUGGCAAGAAAUUCUCCUCAACGAAGAAAUAUGGUAUUUUUCACUUCCAAAUUGUGGAUUAAUUUUAGUUUAUUCUGAUCGGCCGGAAAACGGUAACAAGUUGUCAUACUCUACAGGAGGAACGAUAGAGAGAUCGGAACUUCACAAUAGGAUGCCUCCGCCGAGUUUGAACAAUGAAGCCAUUGUCAAUACCAUAUAUUUCUCAGGCGUCGUCAUUCGGGGGAUUGGAUCGGAACCGGAACCAGAACGCCCGUGGAAUUUGCGGUCCAAGAAACCAGACGUAUCUAAGUCUUCAGGUGAGGAAAAUAAGGGAUUAAAGGAAAUCAAAUCUAUCAACGGUGAGAAGAAGAAAGGAAAGAAGAGAUUUCCAAUUUCUCUAUCACAAAGUGAAAUUGAGGAUGAUUUCAUGGCGAUGGUUGGUCAACGGACUCUUGGAAGGCCGAAGAAGAAACGAACCAAGAUUGUGAAAAACCAAUUGAAUCAACUUUUUCCAGGCUUAGGAUUAGCUAAAGUAACAGCCGACAAGUACAAAGUUCCUGGUCAUGAUUCAGUUCUUCAAAUCGUCGGAGAAAGAAGUGCGAAUGCAGUGGGAGGAGGAAAGAUGAUUAGGGCAUGCGACAGUUGUCUAAACAAACGAGCAAGUUUCUAUUGCAAAGCUGACGAUGCUUUCCUCUGCCAAACAUGCGAUUUAUCUGUUCAUUCGGCGAAUCAAGUCGCGAGAAGACACGAAAGGAUUCGUCUCAACAAGACUUCGAAUUUGCUUGGAUCGGCUGAAUUGGAUUCAAUAGGAUCCGCACCUGCUUGGCAUCGUGGGUUCACACGUAAAGCCCGCUCGACUCGUAAGUCUGCUGCUAGGACCCGUUUGAUUGAUAGUAAAAGUCCUCUUCCGUUUGUCCCUGAGAUUAAUAACGAAGAUCAAGCUUGGCCCGAGGUUGACGUCGAUGUUGAUGUUGAUGUUGAAGCUGAUGAUGAUGAUGAGCUACUCUAUAGGGUUCCGGUUUUUGACCCAUUUGGUGCCGAGAAUGAUUUUGAUAUUGAAUUGAAUAGUAUGUUGAUGGGUCAUGAUGGAAACGAGAAGCUGGAUAUCCAAGAAGAAGAAAAUCAAGAAACUUGUGGUGAUGAUGAUGAUGACUUGAAGAAUCUUGAUCAGCUUCUUGAAUCGGAUAUGGAUCUUGCGGAAUUUGCGGCGGAUGUGGAGAAUUUGCUGGGUAAAGGAAUGGACGAAGACGAUGGAUCCGGGUGGAUUAAAGAAUUGGGAUUGUUUGAUCAAUGCAAAAAAGAACCUUCCCUUGAGAUAGAAGUACAAGAAGAUGAUCAAUCCCAAUUGGAAGUUCUUGGAUCCCAAAUGGAAAUAAGUGUACCAAAAUUGGAGAGUGAUAAUAAAGUUUGCACCCCUCCAUUUUGCGUGACAAAGAACAAGUUCUUGAGACUAGACCAUGAGGCAGUUAUCGCUGCCUGGUCUUCUAAAACCUCGCCAUGGGCUGACGGGAGGCGACCUGUUUUUAACCUAGAAGAUUUCGUUGAAUCAAUAUUUGAAGGGGGUUCUUCUUCGCUAAACCAAACUUAUGGAGGUAUUCAUAUGGGGAAUGUAAGAAUCAACAAUGAGGGAAGGGAAGCACGAGUUUCAAGAUAUAGAGAGAAACGAAGAACACGAUUGUUUUCAAAGAAGAUUAGAUAUGAAGUUAGGAAGAUAAAUGCUGAGAAAAGACCGAGGAUGAAAGGACGAUUUGUUAAGAGGACUCCAACUUUUGCAGGGUCGUCUCCUUACAACAACUAUCUCAUGUUGAACAAAUAACCACAGUUUUGUAGUUCUUCUUCCCUUUGGGCCUCUUAUGUAAUAAAAUAGUUAAUUAUAGGGUUUUGUAUUUACUGUAUAUACCUACUUUUCUUAUUAAUAAGGCAUCUCUUUAUAUAUAAACAUUUGGAGCC